GAAGAAAUCAUCCACAGGAAAAGGGUUUUUCAAGUCAUCUUCACGAUCGAUAUGUCACAAAAACAGUGAUCACACAGCGAGAAAGAUUCCCAAAACAAUAAAGCCAUCAAAGGCUAGGCAGAUCAUUCGAAGAUAUCAUGUAUUAUUAAGAAAUAAGUCCUCUAUAAUUUCAAAACUAAAUAAGCUAUUUUUGAUAAAAAACGACGAAUUUACUGAUGCCAGAAAUAUUGAGGCGAUGGUAAAUACUGAUUAUAAGAAAAGUGACUUGAUAUAUAAGCUAAUAAAUAAAAAUCCUCAAUAUAAUUCAAUUUACUUGACAAACAAAAAUCUUAUUAUAGGAGAGAACCAAAAAGUCUUACCUAACAAUGGAAGCGAUUUCUCAUCGGUUUCUCAAUUAAAGACGUUCGAAAAGUUGUUUGAGAAAUUGGGCAAAAUCGAUGGUGAAUUGGUUAAUAGAGGAGGCAUUGAGACCUAUCAAAUUGCUUCGAUGGAUGGUCAAGAUUCCAAAAGAGGUGGUGAUUCAUCAAAGAGAUUGAUAAAAUGGGUUAAUGAGUUUACCAGUGAAGACAGUAAAAUAGAUAAUUUAAAUUCUGUCUUGGAGAUCGGCUCGUUGAGUACUAAAAAUGAAAUAUCAAGAAAAUAUCAAAAAAUUUAUAGGAUUGAUUUAAAUCCUCAAAACCCAAAUAUUCAUAAACAAGACUUCAUGAAAAUGGAAAUACCGAAGAAAGGAAAGGAUAAAUUUGAUCUAAUAAGUUUAUCGUUAGUAUUGAAUUUUAUGUUAUCUUCAACGGAUAGAGGUGAAAUGUUGAAAAGAAUUUGUUAUUUUUUGAAAAAUCCUUUAGAAGGACAUAUGGAAGAAAAAGGAGAAAAAAGUGGUUUAAACAGUAUAUAUCCAUCUUUAUUCUUAGUGCUACCACUACCUUGUAUUAAAAAUUCAAGAUAUCUCAAUUUGCAAUUAUUAACCGAAAAAGUAAUGAAACCCUUGAAUUUCAGUAUAAUAAAGCAACAUGAAUCAAAUAAAUUAUUUUACAGUUUAUGGAAAUGGCACGGUUUAAAAAAAGACACUGAUAUUAUCAAUAUCAAAUAUAAAAAACAAACAAUACAGGAAGGCUCUAAUCGUAAUAAUUUUUCAAUAUCCUUUUGAAAAUAUCUUAAAAAUGUCUUUUUGUUUUAAACAAUCCUUUUUAUCAAAUGCGUUUUUAGAUUUUUGAUUAUUGAAAAUUUAAUUUUGCAGU